ACUUCCAAAAAGAAAUAACAAUAAUAAAUACCACAAUGAGUGUACAUCUUCUCAGUUCAGAUAGUGAUUCCUUUACCGUUGACAAGGAAGUAGCCGAGCGCUCUGUUCUAAUCAAGAACAUGUUGGAAGAUAUUGGUGAGAGCGAUGCACCCAUUCCUCUUCCCAACGUCACCGCAAAGGUCUUGAAGAAGGUUAUUGAAUGGUGUGAACAUCAUCGUGAGGACCCCGUCACUCAGGAUGAUCAAGAGAGACGUAAUACUGACAUUGAGGAGUGGGACCAAAAGUAUAUGGAGGUUGACCAGGAAACUCUCUUUGAUAUCAUUUUGGCUGCCAACUACCUUGACAUCAAGCCUCUUCUUGAUGUUGGUUGCAAGACUGUUGCCAACAUGAUCAAGGGAAAGAGUGCCGAAGAAAUCAGAAAGACAUUUAACAUCCCCAAUGAUUUCACACCCGAAGAAGAGGCUCAGAUCAAGAAGGAGAACGAAUGGGCUGAGGACCGAUAAAGUGGUGUAGUUUUCUUAUUUUCUUUUUCUUUCUUUUUUUUAAAGUUGCUUGAAAGUGUAUUUUUGUAUCCUGUGGGAGCUAAUAUACAAGGGCUUCAUUGUUGCCUUUAAGAUUCCUCUCCUUUUUAUAUAUACAAUAUUUAUAUAUAUAUAUCAAAUCAAACUAAACCAAACCAAAUCAAAUUAUAAACAAAAAUAGUCUUCACUUU